ACCCGCGGGGAUACACAGAGAGAGAGAGAGAGAGAGGGGGGGGGAAACCUGUCAAUCAAAUUCAAACCAAGCGCGCGAGGCGUCCGCUGCAGACCCGCGGGGAUACACAGAGAGAGAGAGAGAGAGGGAAACCUGUCAAUCAAAUUCAAAUCGAGCGCGCGAGGCACCCGCUGCAGACCCGCGGGGAUACACAGAGAGAGAGAGAGAGGGGGGAAACCUGUCAAUCAAAUUCAAACGGACCCACCGCUCCCCUCCGAGGCGCACGUUGGACCGAUCCAGCAACCCACAGACCGUUAGAUAACAACUUCAAAGUCGGGUCGAGGAAGACGAAAGCCAGGCCGGCAGGCGUAAGAUGACAACCGGUGAUUUGAAGGGAUCACUUCGAAAAUUAGAACAAGGACUUCGUUCACUGAGUUAUCCUCAAGAUAUUGAUUAUAAUGGUCUUGCUAAGGGUGAUCCUGCUGCCUUUCUACCAAUCAUCAGUUAUGCCUUCACCUCAUAUUCCACACAUGUGACCGAACAGCUACUAACAUCUGGAGUAGAACUUACAGCAAAGAAUGACUCACGUUUCCUUGAUGCCGUUUAUAAGCUUCUACGUGACCAGUUCCACUACAAACCAUUACUGUUAAAGGAUCAGUUUCUACACUAUGGGUUUGCAGAAAGAAAGAUGCAGUUAUCCUGUGACAUAAUAAACUUUGUAACGAAAAGGCAUAAGGAGCUGAGCAGCCUCCACAAGGUCAAGGCACUAUCAAAUAAGAAUUCAAAUUGUCCUGUAAAAAUUCAGUCACGAUUUAAAUGUGCAUCACUAAUUCCUGAUAUCUUGCCAUCUGAACCAAAUGUACCAAUAACACCUUUGGUAGAACGUCAUUUACCCAAUGAUGAUAUGAAAACAAUUUACAUUUCAUCCAGUCCUGAAAAUGAAUUUGUUGAAGACAAACCUGUUAAAGAAUAUACAGAGCUACCCACUUCCCAUGAAUCACAGGCACUAGAGAUCAAAUCGCUGAAGAAUCAGAUUGCCAAAUGUCAGGAAAAGCUACAGGAACUGGAUGUAGUACAGAGUAGGUUGCAGGCUUUAGAAUGUGCGACAGCUGGAAAAGUAAUUAUAGAUGAGAAGGACUGGAAUAACCUGCUGAGCCGUAUUGUACUACUAGAAACUCAGCUGUUGCUGCAUUCCAGAAAGAACGAUAUAUCUUCUGAUUCCGUCAGUAGGAAUGAAGAAUAUACAUUUUGCCCAAAGACAAGCUGCAAUUCUUCAGAUAAAGAGACGAGAGUUGAGACGCCAGAGAGUCUUAGCCAUCAGUCAUCUGGAUACAACUCACUGCUAUCAGCAGACGAAUCACCCAAAGCAAUGAGUAGCAAUUCAUUAUAUCUGACAGAAGUCACAAAGACACAGACAGUGAAACAUAAGGUUGAAAGGAUAAGCAAAAUGAUUGAAGAAACUACAGAAUUACUUAAGUGUCCAGAAAGUUCAGCUGACACGAAUGUGCCAGGUUGUUUUCUAUCACAAAAGCAAAGUACUGCAGAUGCUGGAAAUCUAUUAUAAAAGGCCAGGCAACAUCUGUCAAAAAAGUGAUUCAGGCUUCAGGUCCAUGAGCUUUCAUCAACACUGGUGCUGAUCACUGUAUUUUGUCAGUUUUGUUUAUAAAUUAUAGUAUUUAUGGUGAUAAAAAUUAGAGUAUAUUUUUGCAAUAUUUUAAUGUAAUUGAAUGUUUAACUUCUUCACCAACACUGAAAUGUUUACAAGCUAAGUAUUUGUAAUACUGUAGUAGCGGAAUAAUUCCAAACUAUCAGAAGUUGCGUUGGCUUAUAUCUGUGUUAAGGACAAGUGAUAUGAAGAGAUUAAAUGUUUCAACUUUACAAAGUUACCUGAUAUGAAUAAAGAUUAUAUUUCAA